CGAACCCAUAAAGAGAAGCGUAAAUACCCACCAAAUACAAAACAAAUCUCGCACUGUUACAAGAAAAAUAUUCUACAAAUUUAUUCUCCGAUUCCAACUUCACUCCAAAAAACCUGUGGCUCUUCUUGUUUGUUCUUCUUCUUUGAGAGUUGUUGAACUGCUCUCUGCAUAAUUACUACUAAACUAUCAUUUUAUUUUUUGAAGCUACUGUAUGAUUUCAUUGAAGUUUUUUUACUGGGUAGGGCGUUUUGAGUAAUUGGUCUUCGUUGAAUCUCUUCAAUUUACAUUAAAAAUGGCUUCUCUAGGGUUUUGAGGUGACCCAUCAUGGAUCUGGAAAGUGGGGUUUAUCAGAACCCUGUUAAGAAAGAAUCUUGGAGAACGGUACUGAUCUUAGCCUACCAGAGUUUGGGGGUUGUCUAUGGUGAUUUGAGUACAUCCCCACUGUAUGUAUACAAGAGCACUUUUGCUGAUGACAUUGAACACUCAGAGACCAAUGAAGAGAUCUUUGGGGUUUUGUCCUUUGUCUUCUGGACACUCACUUUAGUUCCACUUCUCAAAUAUGUUUUAAUUGUUCUCAAAGCAGAUGACAAUGGUGAAGGGGGCACAUUUGCUCUAUACUCUCUCCUGUGUCGACACGCCCGAGUCAACUCAUUACCCAAUUGCCAGUUAGCAGAUGAAGAAGUGUCAUCUUACAAGAAGGAUAUCACUCCUCAAACUAGUUUUGGGAAAAGUUUGAAGUCUGCAUUAGAGAGGCAUAUAGUGUUGCAGAAAUGUCUCCUUCUAUUGGCUUUGGUUGGGGCUUGUAUGGUGAUUGGGGAUGGUGUCCUCACACCGGCAUGUAUUUUUUCUGCAGUGUCUGGGUUGGAGCUUGCUAUGGCAAAAGAGCAUCACAAAUAUGUAGAAGUUCCAGUUGCAUGUAUUGUACUGAUAGCCUUGUUUGCCCUUCAACAUUAUGGCACGCACAGGGUUGGAUUCUUGUUCGCACCAGUGGUUAUAAUGUGGCUGUUGUGCAUCAGUGCUAUUGGCGUAUAUAACAUCUUUCACUGGAACCCUCAUGUGUAUCAAGCACUAUCUCCGCAUUACAUGUACAAAUUUUUGAAGAAAACUCAAAGAGGUGGAUGGAUGUCCUUGGGCGGGAUUCUGUUAUGCAUAACCGGUUCAGAAGCAAUGUUUGCAGAUCUAGGACACUUUUCACAGUUGUCGAUCCAGAUUGCUUUCACAUCCGUGGUUUAUCCAUCCUUGAUUCUGGCAUAUAUGGGCCAAGCUGCUUAUCUAUCUCAGCACCAUGUUAUCAACAACAACUAUCAAAUUGGAUUUUAUGUUUCAGUGCCCGAGAAAUUAAGAUGGCCGGUUCUGGCGAUUGCCAUACUCGCUGCGGUGGUGGGAAGCCAAGCCAUCAUCACUGGAACUUUCUCGAUCAUCAAACAAUGCUCCGCUCUGGGCUGCUUCCCAAGAGUCAAAAUAGUUCACACAUCGUCCAAAGUACACGGCCAGAUUUACAUCCCGGAGAUUAACUGGAUCUUAAUGCUGUUAUGCUUGGCUGUUACUGUUGGUUUCAGAGACACAAAACGCAUGGGUAAUGCUUCGGGUUUAGCAGUUAUAACCGUCAUGUUGGUCACCACCUGCCUAAUGUCUCUAGUCAUCGUCAUAUGCUGGCACCGGAGCGUCUUCCUUGCAAUUAGCUUCAUUUUCUUCUUUGGAACAAUUGAAGCUCUCUACUUCUCAGCUUCUCUCAUCAAGUUUCUCGAUGGAGCGUGGGUCCCCAUUGCACUUUCAUUCAUUUUCAUGAUCGUCAUGUAUGUCUGGCACUAUGGCACGUUGAAAAAGUAUGAAUUUGACGUCCAAAACAAGGUCUCGGUUGACUGGCUUCUGAGUUUGGGCCCGAGCCUAGGCAUUGUACGCGUUCGCGGCAUUGGCCUAAUGCACACAGAGCUCGUCUCUGGAAUCCCCGCGAUUUUCUCCCACUUUGUCACCAACCUCCCAGCAUUCCACCAAGUCCUAGUGUUUCUCUGCGUUAAAAAUGUCCCGGUCCCCCACAUUCAACACAACGAACGAUUCCUCGUGGGCCAUAUUGGGCCAAGAGAAUACAGGCUGUAUAGGUGCAUUGUCCGGUACGGUUAUUGUGAUGUUCAGAUGGAUGACCUGGCAUUUGAGAAAGAUCUUGUGUGUAGUAUAGCGGAGUUUAUCCGGAACAGAAAAGCGGGACCCAACGGCAUGGAUGAAGAUUUGGGGGAGGAAGAUGAAAAAAUGGCAGUUGUUGGAACACGUUCGACGCGUGCAAAAGGGAUAAAAAUGAGUGAGGAUGAGGGAGAUGAUGGAGGGUCAGCCGGGACAUCGGAGAUUCAGUCUCAGGUGACACGGCCAAGGAAGCGGGUCCGGUUUGUUGUACCGGAGAGCCCAGAGAUGGGCACCAGUGCACUUGAGGAGUUGAAGGAGUUGAUGGAGGCUAGGGAAGCAGGGCUGGCUUACAUUUUGGGAAACUCAUAUGUGAGUGCAAAGCAAGGGUCUAGCCUACUAACGAAGCUUGUUAUAAAUUAUGGGUAUGAUCUCUUGAGAAGGAAUUCCAGGGCACAUACCUAUGCUCUAAAUGUACCUCACGCAUCUACUCUUGAAGUUGGAAUGGCUUGCCAUGUGUAACUUUGAUUACAAAAAAAAAAAAAAAAAUACUCAAAAAAUGAGAUGUGUGGUAUAGAUUUGAAUUUGUUAUGAUGUGGGCAACACUCGGGAUGAAUUUGGUCUGACACAUUUUGUUUUUUGAUCUUUUUUCUCUUG